AUCCUCUCAUAUCUUACUUGAAAAGAAGAAGAAAAUUCCACUUUCUUGAACAAAUCUUAUUAGUCUCCAACUAUUAAAAAUAUUAUUACUCCCCACUCACUAAUCAGUAAUUAUCUCAGGCUAUAUAUACGACCAUCCUGAAUUCCUCAAAACAUUAAGAGGCAAUAACUAAACAAAACAGAGAGAAAAAAACUUUUACUCAAAGCUUUUUUAAAGAGAAAGAAAAUGUCUGCAAAUAAACUACCUUCUUCAGCUCAGGCGUUCCAAGAACAAGCCCGUGUUAGUUUUGUCUCUAGAAAGCUGCUUUUACACAACCCAUUUGACCACAACAGCCAAGGAGCCUUUGCGGUGGCACCAUCUCACAUAACUGAUGAGAACAACCUGAGUGGGAAUGUCUUGAUGCUUCUCUCAGUUCUCAUCUGUGGAGUCAUUUGCUGCCUCGGGUUACAUUACAUCAUUCGUUGUGCAUUCAGACGUUCCUCAAGUUUCAUGAUCUCUGAGCCCGUCUCCAGUAUUCCAACGCGACAUGGUUCAUCAAACAAAGGAAUCAAUAAGAAAGCUCUAAGUAUGUUCCCUGUCGUGAGCUACUCACAUGAGAUGAACCUGCCGGGGAUUGGCGAAGAAUGCGUCAUCUGUUUGUCUGAUUUUGUUUGCGGUGAAAAGCUUAGGUUGCUCCCUAAAUGCAACCAUGGUUUCCAUGUUCGUUGCAUUGACAAGUGGCUUAGACAACAUUUGACUUGUCCAAAAUGCAGACACUGUCUGGUUGAGACAUGCCAAAAGAUUUUAGGUGACUCUAGUCAAGUGACUGCAACAGCACCAACAGAGAACGUAACCGUCAGGGUAGCUCCUCUAGAACCUGAAGGAAGAGCAAACACUUUCAGAGAAAGCAGUUAAAUGCAUAGAAUCUAUGAACUUAGAUAGGAGAUUUUAUCACAAAAGAUACUUCAAUUUUUAUGUCUUUCUUUUUUGUCUGUAGCACAAAGUGUAUACCGAGAGAAUAUAUC